AGUAUGAUGACGUCGACCAAUCAGAUUAGAGGUUUAUUCCGUCGGCUUGGUUCCGGAGUGGCCUGCUAUUACUUGAAGUAGCAGGUGAAAUAACGGUCUCCUUCCAGUCUGACAACAUGAAUAUGUAUGCUGUGCCCAGCCCGGGAAUACCAGGCUGUCCACCCGGGUUAGAAUACCUGACUCAAGUGGAUCAGCUGCUUGUCAAACAGAAAGUUGAGCUUGUUGAAGCCCUCGUUGGUUUUGAAAGCAACAACAAGUAUGAGGUCCGUAACUCCAUGGGUCAGAACGUGUUCUACGCUGUUGAGGAGAACGACUGCCUGAGUCGACAGUGUUGUGGUCCCAUGCGCUCCUUCACCAUCCACGUCCUCGACAAUUUUGGACAAGAGGUCAUUACCAUCACCAGACCACUUAAGUGCAUGUCUUGCUUCUUCCCUUGCUGUUUGCAAGAGCUGGAGGUGCAGGCUCCCCCCGGUAACACAGUGGGUUACGUUAUACAACAGUGGCACCCGUUCUCGCCUAAAUUCAUCGUCACAAAUGAACACUGUGACCCUGUACUGAAGAUCCAUGGGCCCUUCUGUGGAUGGAGCUGCCUUCCAGAUGUUGACUUUGAGAUUUUGACAAUGGAUGAAGUCAGCAAGAUUGGGAAAAUCAGUAAGCAGUGGACGGGACUUCUGCGGGAAGCAUUCACAGAUUCAGACAAUUUUGGUAUCCAGUUCCCCAUGGAUCUGGACGUGAGAAUGAAGGCUGUAAUGAUUGGUGCAUGUUUUCUCAUUGAUUUCAUGUUCUUUGAGACCACUAACUAGGAGCCAAACAGGAUUUCCAUGAAAGCAUCCAACAUUCCUGGAAGAACAAGGCCACAAAGCCAUGAUGAUCAGUCUCAAAAGCCCUAACACAGAACAACCUUCACAUGGAUAGUUUAAAGAAAGUACCAAAAGGUACCUCAAUGUUAUAAUUUUGCAUGAUCAAUGAAAUAGAAGGUUUGUUUUAGUAUUAGCUGCUCAGGUUGGUUGUAAAAACAUGUUACUGAGCUGUGAGUGCAGUGUCUUUUGUUACUACUGAAAAGAAACUUGAAUAGAAUGAUAACAUCCAUAUAUAAAUAAAAGAAAGGGAAACACUAUUAUUAAAGCUGUUAUACAGUUUGUGACAGAACGAUUGGUGUCAUUAUAGUUUGAAUGCAAAGAGGGUCAAGCUUUGUGUAGUUUGGUCAUAUUAAUAGUCAAGAUGUUUCUUUAUAGAGAACACUACGUUUACUUUGUAGCUAUAUUGUGUGAGACCUGAGGGACUCAGGAAUGUAGUAGUUUGUAGUUCAGAUAUUUAAUGCCCUUAUUUAUUGAUUUAUAUUUUGUCUGUUUCACAAUUUGUCUACAGAGAGCAAUGUGUGUGUGCGCACUGCUUUGCGUGUGUGUCUGUGUGCUACGAGUAUACUUGUGUGCAGAAACAUAAACUAUCAUAGGAUACAAAGUAAUAUUUUCGAUACCAUAACAAUUAUGCAUUGUCAUCUCUGAAGAGGUGGUUUAUUUGGGAUUGGACAGGUCUCAGCUUGAUGUACUUUCCCAGUCUUGUCCACAAGAGGGAGCUAGCUUUCCAUUUAAGAUUAACCCAGCACAGCCCAAAUGAACAAACCCAGUACUUGCUAAUGCCAUAGGUUUUUAUUCAGAUAUUAGUGUCUGAUGACAUUGUCUACUUUUGGACAAACUCAGGUUGAAAAGCAUGCUACUGUAAUAUAGUAUUGGCUACUGCUGGCUCCAGGAAUUACACUCCUGAUCAUUGACUAUAAUAAGAUGUAAUAGUGGUAUUUUGGACUAGGUUUUGUACAUGAAAGUAUCUAAAUAUCCAUGUCAUAUGCCAUAUUUUGCAUAUAUUUCCUGGUGUAUCAACUUGAAUUUUUAUUUUUUUUUUACUUUUUUUUUUUUUACUGUUACAUUACAUGUGACAGCUCUAAAUAUGUCAAAAAUGCAAACGUUAUAUAAAACCUUCCAUCAAAUGGCUAUUGAUAUUUGAUAUUGUAAAACUGGUUUAAUGAGUAUGGCAAUCAGUCUGAUUAGAGAGGGCAUUAAGUAAAGCACUGUAGCAAAGACAUUAUCUGUGUGCUACACCAACAUUAAAGCCAUUAAGAGUUCUUUUGUAGCAUCAUGAUAAGUGUUUUUCUUCACAUGUGCCACCUGAGACUCUGGAAAACUAACAAAAACACCCAUCUUAAGUAAUUUUAACAAGUAAAAAGUCUUAAAAGCUUAAAGGCUAUUAUUUUUAUAUACAGUAUCAUAAACUGCCAGAUGGAGGAGCUAAAGUUUCCAGUGUAGACAACAGUGUUUUUAUCUGCCUUCAAUGUAUUAACACUUGUUUGUAAAAUUACCAUAAGUGGAUUUAUCUUUAAGAGCAGCAUUUUUAAAACUAGAUUUUAAGACUACCGAAAUGAUUAAGUACUUAAGAUGGAUGAUUUUUUGCAGUCUGUUCUGUUUUCAUGGCUUAAGUUGUUGAGAAAUUACUCAAUUUUUGUUAAUUUGCCAUUAGGAUUAGCCUUAUCAUUUGGCAUGUCUUGUUUGGUAGAAUGCAGUAAUAGUAUAAGAUGCUGGUACUAUGUCCUCUGAAGGCUUUUUGAUCGUGUUUAAAAGCCAAAAAUUAAAGUCAGAAUGUGAUACAAAGGGAAUUUAGCAAUUCCUGGUCAGUUGUAUAUUACAGAAAACAAUUAAAAUACUUAUUCUUCUACUUUUGCACUAAUACUGUGAACUAAUCAUUUAGUCAUGCAAUGAAUGCAAACUAACUCUGUGAGCUAAGCUUAAAUUGUGCAGUCAAUGGAAACACUUCAAUAAACCACAACAGUGUGACAAGUGCA